AAAAGAGAUAGGAGCGGGAAGGAGGAAGGGAGGGAAGGAGGGCGUCGCCUGCGGGUCAGAAUGGAGCUCCGAAGCCGGCCGUAGCUGCUGCUUCGUGGGUUCGGACUGGACGUCAGCUGUUGUGCACGUCGCGGCUGCGCGGGAGAGAUGACGGCUGGGUUCAGAUCCCCCCACCCCCGUUCCCCGUGUCGCGCCGGGCUCGUUUUAUCAUAAGCAGCUGAGAUGUCCUCAGUUCCUGGCAUUCAGUAGACCCUCCUGAGGAGACCUGCUCAUGGGCAUCAGGAUCAGGGACAACUUAUUUCCAAGGUGCAGUAAGGCUCCAGAGAGUAGGGCCAAGUCCCAGAGGACAAUGGUCUCGGUGACCAUGGCCACUUCCGAGUGGAUCCAGUUCUUUAAGGAAGCCGGCAUCCCUCCAGGGCCUGCUGUUAACUACGCUGUGAUGUUCGUGGACAAUCGGAUUCAGAAGAGCAUGCUGCUGGAUCUCAACAAGGAGAUCAUGAAUGAGCUGGGUGUGACUGUGGUGGGCGACAUCAUUGCCAUCCUCAAGCAUGCCAAGGUGGUGCACCGCCAGGACAUGUGCAAAGCUGCCACGGAGUCGGCGCCCUGCAGCUCCAGCUCUGUCCCAGGCGAGCUCCGCCGUGGCUCCUCUAGUGCUGCCUCCCGGAUGAUUGCCAACAGUUUGAAUCAUGACUCCCCACCACACACUCCCUCCAGGCGACCAGACACCAGCACCUCCAAGAUCUCUGUCACUGUGUCGAACAAGAUGGCCACAAAGAGGGCCAAGGCCUCUGCUCUGGCCCACAGGGAAGAGGAGAGCCUGGCUGUUCCUGCCAAGCGGCGUCGGGUCACUGCUGAGAUGGAGGGGAAGUACAUCAUCCACAUGCCUAAGGGUACCACCGCCCGCACCCGCAGGAUCCUGGCGCAGCAGCAGGCCGCCAAAGGUCUUCACAGGACGUCUGUGUUUGACCGCCUUGGUGCUGAGACCAAGGCAGAUACAACAACGGGGAAUAAGCCCACAGGAGUUUUCAGCCGCUUGGGGGCCACUCCAGAGGUGGAUGAGGAUCUGGCUUGGGACAGUGACAACGACAGCAGCAGCUCUGUCUUGCAGUAUGCUGGAGUCCUCAAAAAGCUUGGACGGACCCCUGUAAAGGCCAGUCCCCAGCCAGCACUGACCGUCAAAGCCAAGGCCACAAGCUCUGCAGCUGCUGCCACAACCCCAGCCCCUAAGCUGCGGCGCCUAGCGCUUCCGUCUCGACCUGGGCCGGAGAAGCAGACAGAGUCCCUGUCCAAAGUCAGCAUCAUUCAGAGACUGGGCAAGGCCACCCUUGUGCCUGAGGCCCAGGACAGCCAGGUCACAAGCACCAAGAGUAAGUCCUCAGCUGAAGCCAAGGUCACCAUUAAGAGGACUCUGGUGGGGCCCCGGGUCACCAGCUCCAGCGAGGGCCUUGGUGCCCAGAUGGACCACGCGGGCACUGUGAGCGUGUUCAAAAGACUGGGCCGCAAGACAUUCUAGCCAGCAUGGUGGGUGGGGUGCAGCACAGAACAAAGGGCCCCUCCCUGCCAGUUCUAGAUGACAGCUAGGUUCCAUUUGUCUCCCUCGGGCAUUCACACUGGCCCCAAACACUCUGGGACUUGGGCAUUUUUCUUGUCUGAGAUAUUCCUUGUGGCGUGGCCUGGCCUGCUCUCCCUUUCCUGCCCUCUGCUCUUGACAGACCUACCCCUUUUCUACCUCUCCUCAAUGCCAAGUGCCCUGCCCCUUCCUUCACACAGCCCUCCUCCAUCUUUCAGCAACCUUGCCACCUCACAACCCCUCCCUCUUCUACCCCUGCCCUGCUGUGGUCUCCCUCUCCUUCUUUUCACUCUGUUCAUUUCUCCCUCUUCUGUUUUCUGUCCCCGUGGCAAGGCCUGACCGUCCGCUGCGUCCUGCCCGACCCUCCUGCAUCUCUGACCUCCCAGCGGCGCCCUCGUCGACGAUGGCGUCGAGCCUGUUAACCACCCUUCACUCCCAGGAUGGAGGGACCCUCAGACCCUGGGAUGCAGCUGGGGCACCUCCGUUUCCUUGCUCUGGCCAUCUUUUCUUGGAAAGCCUUUGUGGGUGGUGGGCAAGGGACAUUGGGAAGGGAGGCCAUUAGUUGGGAGAAAAACACAACAGCUGUUUGAAUAUAUUUCUCUGGCUUCCAAACCAUUCCCUCCCCUCCUUCAGUGUGAGUUAUGAAUGGAUGGUUUGUUUUUCCACCAACAUAGUGGGGUGGCCAGUGCUCCGUCCCAAAGGACAAACUCCUAUACCACUCAGCCCAGCUACCUCCUCAGCACAAGCUCCCGUGGUUUUUCACUGUCUUCCUCCUUGGGUUUCACCUAUUCUACCGCUCUGCCUGCUGGUGGCUUUUCUUUUCCUUUUUUUUUUUUUAGAUAGGCCAUGAACUUCCCAUCUUCCUGUCUCCACCUCCCAAGUAUGGAGAUUACCACUAUGCCCUGUUUUAAUUUAAAAUCAGUGCUGAUGGGCAUGGUGGCUCACGCCAUUAAUCCCAGCACUCAGGAGACAGAGGUAGGAGGAUUGCUGUGAGUUAGAGGCCAGCCUGGGACUACAUAGUGAAUUCC